CUUCUCUCAACAGAAUAGUUUGAGGUUGUGUGAGACAAAAAGAAAACCAUGGAGCCAACUAACGAUGCUGAGACAUUGGAAACUCAAGGAGAGGUUACAACCGCUAUUUGGCCGUCAUCUCAAAUCCUCAAGACGACUAUCGAUAUUCCGGGGACUCUCAGCCAUGACGGCAGAUACAUCCAGUACAAUCUAUUUGGGCAUAUCUUUGAACUCCCCGCAAAGUAUAAGCCACCGAUUAGGCCUAUUGGCAGAGGUGCUUGUGGCAUCGUUUGUUCGGCUGUGGACUCCGAGACCAAUGAGAAGGUAGCAAUAAAGAAAAUAACGCAAGUAUUUGAUAACACUAUCGAAGCAAAGAGAACUCUUCGUGAAAUCAAGCUUCUUCGUCACUUCGAUCAUGAGAAUAUUGUUGCAAUCAGAGACGUAAUCUUGCCUCCUCAGAGAGAUUCAUUCGAAGAUGUUUACAUUGUGAAUGAAUUGAUGGAGUUUGACCUUUAUCGAACCUUAAAAUCAGAUCAAGAACUAACCAAAGAUCAUGGCAUGUAUUUCAUGUACCAAAUCCUGCGCGGAUUAAAGUACAUUCAUUCAGCCAAUGUGCUACACAGAGAUCUAAAACCAAGCAAUCUCCUCUUGAGUACACAAUGUGACUUAAAGAUUUGUGAUUUCGGGCUCGCUCGUGCAACUCCUGAGAGUAAUUUAAUGACUGAGUAUGUUGUCACAAGAUGGUACCGUGCACCUGAGCUUCUGUUGGGCUCUUCUGACUAUACCGCAGCAAUAGAUGUUUGGUCUGUUGGCUGUAUUUUCAUGGAAAUAAUGAACCGUGAACCGCUCUUCCCGGGGAAAGAUCAAGUUAAUCAGCUUCGUUUGCUUCUGGAGCUCAUUGGCACUCCAUCUGAAGAAGAGCUUGGAUCGUUGAGUGAAUACGCUAAGCGAUACAUAAGGCAGCUUCCUACGCUUCCUCGCCAAUCUUUCACUGAGAAAUUCCCGAACGUGCCUCCCUUAGCAAUAGACUUGGUGGAGAAGAUGCUAACAUUUGAUCCUAAACAGAGAAUCUCAGUUAAAGAAGCACUUGCUCAUCCAUACCUUAGCUCGUUUCACGACAUUACCGAUGAACCAGAGUGCUCAGAGCCCUUCAAUUUCGAUUUAGAUGAACAUCCAUUCUCUGAGGAGCAGUUUAGAGAGUUAAUCUACUGUGAAGCCCUAGCUUUCAACCCUGAAACCAGCAAUGAUUGAAAAGGACCAUAUCUUUGAUCCUUGUUCUGUUUUUUUCUUUUCCUUCUCUGCUUUUCUUUGAAUAAUUUCCCUUUUCAUUUCCUUUAAUUUUUUCAUCUCUCAGAAAUUUUGUUGUGCUAAGAUUUUCUGCUAGAUUCCCUUUUGAUGUUGUCAAAUUUCAUUU